AUGCAGGAUCUCAUCGCUGGCGGCACGGACUCCUCAGCGGUGACCAUCGAGUGGGUCAUCUCGGAGCUCCUGCGGAAUCCUGAGGUCCUCGCCAAGGCCACCGAGGAGCUGGACAGCGUCAUCGGCCAUGGCCGUCUUGUCACCGAGCAGGACAUUCCGAACCUGCCGUACCUGGAGGCCAUCGUGAAGGAGACCUUCCGCCUGCACCCCGUGACGCCGUUGCUGGCGCCGCGGCUGUGCCGCGAGGACGCGUCCACGGGCAGCUAUGACAUCCCGGCGGGCACGCUCGUGUUCGUCAACGUCUGGGCCAUCGGCCGCGACCCCGCUGUGUGGGGGCACGAUGCGGAGGAGUUCCGCCCGGAGAGGUUCGUCGGCAGCGGCGUGAACGUGAAGGGGCAGGACCUGGAGCUGCUCCCGUUCGGGUCCGGUCGCCGGAUGUGCCCGGGUUACAUCCUCGGGCUGAAGAUGGUCCAGGUGACCCUGGCCAACCUGCUGCACGCCUUUGCGUGGCGGCUGCCGGAUGGCGUGGCGCCGGAGAAGCUGAGCAUGCAGGAGAAAUUCGGACUGGCCGUUCCGCGCUUGGUCCCUCUCGAGGCCAUCGCCGUGCCCAGGCUGCCAGCACACCUCUACGCCGGGCGCUGA